AUGCUUAUCAUUGGCGCUCCAAACGCAGCUCGCGAGGUACUCGAGGACACUCUUCAGGGAGAUUGUGACUCGAUUUGCGACGACCUCCACGGAGACAUCGACGACGUGAUGAGGCGGAGAUUUCUGCAGCUGUUUUGCGUGCUCACACUCACCGGCCUGUGCACGGUCGGCGUCUUGAAUCGGAACGCUGAAUACUCCCGGCUUAAUCUCCCAAAGGAGCCGACGAUAGACUGCGCGGAACCCGUGAAGGAGCUCAGCUGUUCCAUACCUGCAUUCACGGCAGAAUGGUCAAUCAUACCCGGAGUAGAUAUCGAAAUUUACUCCGCACAUCUCGACGACCGUAUAAAAGAUGAUUCCGGUGUCCGCCAGCACACUAUACGAACGAUCGCCUUGCUGCGGAAAAGCGCCACGCAGAUUAAAUUCUUCUGCAUAGUCAACUAUCCAUCAGGCGCGCAGAGAUCUGCGAGGGCCUCGGUUGACAGAAUAUGGUUGGAUUCCUGGGAUAACGGCAGCCACAGGGAUAUACCGACGCCACACAUUCUAUCAUGCAAUCUCGGUGAUGCGACCAAGGAGUCGCCAUCGUCCGUUUCGAUCGUGACAGACGUCUGCGCGUGCCCCUCGAACAAUCUCCGAGUCCGAAAACCGCCUUCCCCCGAGGGCUCGACGCACAAAAAAGGCUUCGCAGUCUGUGUCAAAGGACUCUUCUACCCGAAGGACAUCAGCGCCUCGCUUAUACAAUGGAUUGAAAUGAUUCAUCUAUUGGGCGCUGAACACAUUCAGUUCUACCUCUACCAUGUGCAUCAUAAAACGAGGAGAACGCUGAAGUUCUACGAAAAAUUCCGCCAGGUCGCUGUGCGGAAACUCACGCUUCCUCCGCGGGAGUACCCCCAGGGACUCGGAUUCCUGGAGAAUUUUCUCAAAACGAGGACGUGGGAAAAGCGACGUCUCGAACUCGUUCCCUACAACGACUGCUACUACAGAAUGCGAAACAAAUAUGAAUACGUUGUGCUUCUCGAUAUCGACGAAAUCAUCGUCCCCAGAGACCCGGACACCGGUACCUGGGCGGGAGUUAUGGAGCGAAUUCGCGAAACUGAAGCCGAGGCAAUCGACAAAUACGCGUCGUUCGCUUUUACGAACGCCUAUUUCUUCCGAAAGCUCGGCACCCCCAUCGAUAUACUGCAGCAGACGGAGCGUUCGGCGAACCUAUCUCGACCCGGGUUCGCGGUAAAAAGCUUUUUCACGAGCGACGGAUCUCUGGCAGUCUUCAACCAUUACACAUUGAUACCGCUCAGAGCUGGCACGAGAAAGUGCGCGAUCGUCGGCCCGGAUAUCGCGCUGGUGCAUCACUACAGGGACUCGUGCCCCUCGAAAAUGGAAGAGGAAUGCGCGAGUAAUUUCAUGAAAUACAAGACCAACGACAUGACGAUUCUCAAGUACGACGUCAAACUCCGAGAGGCCAUCGCAGAAGUCAAAGCAAAUAUGAAAAACGCGAUCUAUUGA